AUGGCGCGGCCCGACCUGCUAGUAUCUCUAGAUAUUGGCAUGAGUUGCACGGGGGUUGCGACUUUCAACGUCAACAGAAAGAGACUCGAAACUUAUGAUGUCUCAAUCUUUCGAGAAUGGGGUGGUCGCCCCUCUGAAAACAAAGUCCCAACCGUACUGUCCUACGAUACUCGCAACCUAGCCAAAGAGCCUACUGGAUGGGGCUUUGAGACCGAAGAGGAGGCACAGAACACGAGUUAUCAUAUACUGGGGGAGUGGUUCAAGACGCGGUUUGAAAGUGAUGAAGUAUUGGAGAUUGACACCGAUCCACGACUGCCUCGCGUAGACCAGCUCUAUCAAGACUAUCUACAGAAGCUCUACAGUUGCAUCAGACUAAGGUUUACCCGCCAUGACCUCGGGGGCAAGAACUGGGACGAAGCCAGGGUCGAGUUCAUCUUCAGCAUCCCAGCAACAUGGAAAACAUACACGGUUGAGAAGUUCAAAGGCAUUGCCCAGAAAGCUGGUUUCACCACGCCACAGGGGCCGAAGCAUCCCCAUCGUUUCCACACAAUCCAGGCAUCACUUACUGAGCCACUGGCAUGUGCUAUUCAUGCUGCAACCGUUGAGUCACAAACAUUCCAGGAAAAUGACACAAUUCUCAUCGUGGACGCUGGCGGUGGCACUACGGACGUCAGUCUUGUCACGAUUGACAGCGCUACACAAGGGCAGAUCUCCAUCAGCGAACAUCGAGGUUUCCCCUCGGAAGCUGCCGAAUAUGGUGCUACCUACAUUGAUGAGGACUUCAGACUCCUUAUCGAAGAAAAGCUCCGCGCCCGUGAUCACAACUCCGGUCUUGCUAACAAGGCCCACGCUUUGUCCUGGCAAAUGAUGCGAAGUCAAGAUUUUCAGAAUAGCAAGCCUAAGCUUGAUCUGCAUCAAGAUUACCUCGAAGAGGUGUUCCGCAUUCGGAUAAAGGAGCUCCCGGACGACGCCAACUAUCCGGACUUGGCGAUAAUCAAUGGCCACAUGGAGUUCACUUGGGGCGAGCUGGCCAAGAUUUUUGACAAGCAGAUAGAAGGAAUGCAGCGACUUAUAGAAGGCUUUCUUCGGCGUUUGGAAAGCAACCUCGGAUCGGCGGAACCAAGACUGAAUCACAUAAUUCUCUCUGGCGGCCUCGGAAGCUCCCGCUACGUGCAAAACAAGAUCGAGAGCGAGUACAACCAGCCCCACCGAUCGUUACUGAACGGGGUACAAGUCCACGUAUCCACAGACCCACGGCUAUGUGUUUGCAAGGGACUUCUUUACGAGCGGAUACAAGGGUUGCUCACUCAGAAAGCGGCUAUUUCCAGACUUGCCUGUCGUCAAUCGUACGGCAUCCUAUGCGACACCAAGUACAACAAGUGGCAUAAAAAGCAGAGACAGCUUGGCAAAAUAGCCAAGAUCGAGUCUGAAAAGGACGGUGUCAAAGUCAUCAAGGACACCGUGGAGUGGUUUGUGAGGAAGGGGAAUAUUGUGGCGCAUGGUGAAGAAAAGAAAUUCAAAUAUAGUCUUUUCUAUCCAUCAGAUACAGCGAAAUCAGCGCUAAUUGGAACAAUCAAGAUUGUCACAUCCUCCAUGGACAGCCCUCCCGAAGUCAAAACAAGAAGGCAAGAAGUCCAAGAUGAAACCACACUCAUCUGCGAUUUUGCCACGUUGAGUGACUCACACAUCAUUCUGAAAAACAACAAGUGGUAUAGCCGCCUCCUGGGCAAGAAGCCGAGCAAGGAGGUUCGGUUUGAGAUCGCCAGCACGGUGGGGCCAGCGGAAGUCAAAUUCGAAUGCAGGCCUAUUGGUGGGGAUCAAGUCUUGAGCGUGGUCGCUCCUCCUAUCAAGGCGCUGUUCGAGACCGUCCCACUCCAUGUCAAGGCUCAAAUAUGGCUGUUGUUCCUAGGGCUCAAGACAGGGGUUGACGAGAGGGGCAAGGGUGAGCAUGGGCGGGAUCUAAUUCUACACGAACACUCUCUGUUUGACAGUUAG